UUCGCGAUUUUGAGAAUUCAGUAUUUUGUGCGGGCACGAAAAAUAUAAACAUCGGAGGGGGGGGGAGUAUCUCGAUGUAGUUUAAAUUUUUCGGGGUUGUGGAAUUAAAAUUAUUUUUAUGAUUUCUCGUCGGGGCAUAGGAUUAUAAAUAUAGUCUGAUCCUAAAAAAUUCCGGAUAUCCAAAAAUUCUUGUUUCGGAUAUCGGAUCCAGAUAUCCGAAGAUUUCUUAGGAUCCGCCAAUAAUUAUAAUCAAUAAUAGGGUAUGGGUCAGGGGUGGGGUCAGAACUACUAUAUGUCCACUAAUAAAUUAUUGAUUGAUGAUAGACUACACGAUUAUAGGAGAGACAAAUAUCGGGUGAGGGGUGUUAGAGGAAUUUUUCCCUGGCCGGCCGGAGGGGGCUGGCCUGAGCGGUCGGUCAAUUGGUCAUGCGACAAAAUGCCACAUGACAAAACGUACUGGGACAAAAUGUCAACUGCCAAGUUGCCAAUUUUUAAAAAUACUUUUAAAAUAAAAGCCGCUCGGCAGUGA